AUGACAACGACCACACCUCGCACCCCCACAUCACCAGACCCAGAAGAAGAGGAACUAGACACGGAGAUCACCUCAAUCCGCGCAGAAAUCCAAAACCUCCAAAAACACAAGCGAAUUCUCACAUCCAGCCUCCUAACGACCGACCCAAUCCAAAAAUUCCUCCGCAAACAACCACAACCCCCCAGCACCGCAAACCAAACCGACCCCCUGGCAACAAUCUCCCCUAUUAUCCACGCUGCCGGGGUACACACCUCCUCAAACCACCACCGCAUCGCUUUCGGUGCAACAGCUUUCCCAUUCAAAGACCCAUCCCCAAGAGCCACCGCCGGAACCCUCCUCGGCGUGCGCAUCGACAUAUGCGCGCGUAACGGCCGUUUCGCGAAACCAUACUACAUAGUCCUACAACAUGAGCGCAGUCGUGCGGCCUCGAGUUCGGGUUCUACGAAGAUGUUGAAGGUAUAUCGGCACACCGUGCCGGGGUUUAUAUCGAUAGCGAAGCUGGAAAGUGUUUAUCUACCGCGACCCGGUGUAUCGCGCCGCAACGAAGACGGGGAUGGGGAUGGGGAUGGGGGAGGUUCAUCCGGCGAGGACGAGGUCGCUGAUCCCGCGAAGCCGUGGAAGAAGAGCGGCAGCUCUGUCCGGAAUCAAGAUCUACGGGGAUUUGUGCGCGAGCUUCGGAGGGAGCUUGUUGCGUGGCAUAUGCGUGUUGAUGCGAUUGAGUUCCUGCGCGAGAAACUGGGUCUUGUUGGUGAGGGCGGGGGGUCGUUGCCGUUUGAUGUUUCGCCCGAUCGGGAUACGGGGAUUGUGUCGUUAGCUGCUGUUUCGGUUGAAUCGCGGUAUGUGCGGAUUGAGUGGGUUGAUGGACGGGUUGGACGGUUUAAGUUGUCUAAUGCUGGGGUUGUGGAGAGGGCUGUUGUUAUUGGUGAUGAGGGUCGGGAUAAAAAGAUUGAGGAUGCGAUGACUGAUGGUGGGGGGAGGGUUGAGACGGUUUUGGAUAGGUUGAGGGUUGAUGUUUUGUCUGGAUCACCGCAGCUAUGA